UUCAAAUUCAGUCUUACUUUUGCUUCUUCUUUCUUCACAAAAAUCGGCGAGCAGAGAAAACAGAGCUUAAUUCCUAAAUGUAUUCAGCUCAGGGUUUUUCUCAUUCCAUGCGGUUCAGACAUCUCCACACAACCAUCUUGCGCUCGUCGCGCAACAGAGCAAGAUCUAAUGGGCAGCCUCAAAAUGCAAACCAUCUCUUCAAACAACCCUCCACUGAGCCACCGGCGAGGCCUAGAACCAACGAUUUUACGCGCUCCGACAUGGUUCAAUGCACGGUAGCUAUCAGAGACCACAUACGCAAUGGCCAAUACGACGACGCGUUGCAUUUAUUCAACUCCAUGCCUCGCAAAAAUGAGGUCACCUACGGCACUAUGAUAUUUGGCUGCUUCUCCAAUGGGCAAGUUAAGCUGGCCCAUCAGCUGUUCGAUGAAAUGCCUCUAAAGAAUUCGUUCGCUUGGAAUAUAAUGAUUAAAGGCAAUAUCAAGCACAACAAUCUCGAAGCUGCACAGCGGCUGUUCGAUGAUAUGCCUGUGAAAGAUGUUUACGCAUGGAACGUGAUUUUGUCUGGGUACGUGGAGAAUGGAUUGAUGGAGGAGGCAAAGAGAGUUUUUGAGGAAAUGCCGGUGAAGGAUGUUGUAUCGUGGACCACGAUUUUGUCUGGGUAUGUACAGAUUGGGUUAAUGGAUGAGGUCACGAGAAUUUUUGAAGAAAUGCCAGUUAAGAAUGUUGUUUCGUGGAAUACGAUUUUGUGUGGGUAUAUGCAGAAUGGGAUGUUGGACGAGGGAAAGAGAGUUUUUGAUGAAAUGCCUUUAAAGAAUGUUUUCUCGUGGAGUACAAUCAUUAAUGGAUAUGCAACACAUGGAUUUGCCCAAGAAGCUCUUCAACAUUUCGAGUUAAUGAAAGAAGCAUCUAUCCAACCUAACGAAGUUACAAUGGUUAGUGUUCUAACUGCUUGUAGUCACGCGGGCUUGGUUGAGAAGGGAAAACAUUACUUCUAUUCCAUGACCAAAGAUCACGGCAUAGUGCCAAAUAUAAGGCACUAUGGUUGCAUGAUUGAUCUUCUAGGUCGAGUUGGGCUACUAGACGAAGCUCAAAACCUAAUGAAGAGCAUGCCUUUUAAGCCAGAAGCACCAAUAUGGGGAGCUCUACUUGGUGCUUGCAGGAUUCAUGGAAAUAUAGAAUUGGCAGAAAAGGCAGCUGAGAUGUUGUUUGAUUUGGAACCACGUAGCUCGAGCAACUAUGUUCUUCUUUCCAACUUAUAUGCUGCUUCGGGUAGAUGGGAAGAUGUUAAGAAGACGAGAUUAAGAAUGAUGGGUCGGGGUGUUAGCGAUAGACCGGGAUUUAGUUGGAUUGAAGUGCUAAACAAGAUUCACAAGUUUUCUGUUGGAGACUUCACUCAUCCUGACAGCGAAAGCAUCUACGCUUUCCUGGAAGAGUUGGAUUUGAGGAUGAAAGAGGAUGGAUAUGUUCCUGCUACAAAAUCAGUGCUACGUGAUGUGGAGGAAGAAGAAAAGCAGCAUAUGCUAAAGCAUCAUAGUGAAAGGUUAGCUGUUGCAUAUGGGAUUAUGAUGAUACCAAGUGGGAGACCUGUUCGAGUUUUCAAGAACUUGCGCGUCUGUGAGGACUGCCACACUGCGAUCAAACACAUGGCGAAAAUCACGGGGAGAUUGAUCAUCUUACGUGAUGUUAGGCGUUUCCACCACUUUGAGGGAGGUGUGUGUAAUUGUGGAGACUAUUGGUGAAGUCUGAGAUGGAGAAAGGUAAAUUGCAUACUUAUUCCUUUUGCUUUGUUUUGGAAGGAAGAAAUUACCAUAGUGUAAUAGUUCCUUUUCUUUUGGAGCCUUGGUAAGACUGUUGUGCCUUCGACAUA